AAUCUACACCUAAACAGCCUGCAAAAUCUCUGCCUUUCUCUUCCUUCCCCUCUUGAACUCUACAUCCGCAACAUCCAACUCCAUUAAUAAUAUAGACUUUUACCUGACCUUUGUACUUGAAAUCUAUAUUAUCUUCAAAAACCCCAUCAAAGAUUGCACCUUUUUAACUUACUGUCAUGCACCCAAGUUUCUUCCUUUCUCAAUGAGUUGGGUUUUCUUAACACUUACUUGGGGGGUGAAUGAAUGGGGUGUACGUUUUCUCAGCUAGCUGCAAAAUUUGCCUUCUUUCCUCCUUCCCCACCCACCUACCAGAUCAAGAAACGUGAGAAUGGCAAGCUCACUGUGGUCUCCUCUUCUUCUUCCAUGCCAACUGUUGCUGAUGACAGUUCCUUGGAUGUGCUCUUGAUUGACACUAAACGGGGGAACAAGAUUGUGGCUUUUUAUUUUAAAAACCCAUAUGCAAGACUCACUCUCCUCUACUCUCACGGCAAUGCUGCAGACCUUGGCCAGCUCUAUGACCUCUUUGUGCAGCUCAAAGUUAAUCUCAGAGUCAAUCUCAUGGGGUAUGACUAUUCUGGCUAUGGAGCUUCUACUGGUAAGCCCAGUGAAUCAAAUACUUAUGCAGAUAUAGAGGCAGUUUAUCAGUGUCUUCAGACUGAGUAUGGAAUUAGCCAGGAAGAUCUGAUUUUGUAUGGGCAGUCUGUUGGAAGUGGCCCAACACUGCACUUGGCAUCGAAGCUGCCUAGGUUAAGAGGUGUGGUUCUACACAGCGGCAUACUUUCUGGUCUUCGUGUGCUCUGCCAUGUAAAGUUCUCGUUUUGUUAUGACAUAUAUAAGAAUAUUAACAAAAUUAAGAAGGUGAAGUGCCCUGUGCUUGUAAUACAUGGUACAGAAGAUGAUGUUGUUAAUUGGCUUCAUGGGAAUGGAUUGUGGGAAAAGGCAAGGGAGCCAUAUGAGCCCUUAUGGAUUAAAGGAGGCGGGCACUGCAACUUGGAGCUAUACCCUGAUUACAUCCGCCAUCUCUGCAAGUUCAUUCAUGAAAUGGAGAACAUAACAACAGCAAGUCGCCUUAAAAAGAUACAGCAGAGUCUUCAUCUACCAACAAGGUCGAAUGGUACCUCAGUUACUUUUAAUAAGUGCUGUAGGAUCAGGUUCUCUAAACCCAAAUGCCCAGCGUAUUCAAAACCUAGAUGCAUUAAAUGUCCCUCACUGCCCAAAUGCUCCUGGUGUUCGGGACCCAACUGCAUCAGUUGUUGCUGGAAACUGAAAUGCCCAAAAUCAAAAUGCUUGAAUCCUUGCUGCUGCUUCAAAUGUUUGCAGUGGAAAUGUUGUUCCUGCUGCACCUGUUGUGGAGCAAGCAGUAGACAAGAUGGAUAACAGGGAUAAUGUGCUUGUAUAGAUUGCUGAACUUGCUAACAUCCCUCUAAUCUUGUGCAGCAAUGUACAAAACAGGAGAAAAUAGAUUUUCUGAUAUCUUUAGGAAAGCUAUACAAUUAAAUCAUAUCUUGUUAU